AUGGCACUCAGAGUUUGUCACAGUCUACUGGACCCCCCCACCAAGAAUCCGCAGACCACUUUACUCCUGCACCUCCCCUUAUCCACUUUAGCUCCUGUCAGGCGUGAAUUGCCUCAAGUCUCACCAAACUCCAGCCACACACAUGUUGCAGGUGUGCUUCACCUCCAGUCACUGGUAUUUCGAAGGAUCGUGCAGACUGACCCCACAGGGCUCUCAGAAUCAGGGACUAUUCGCUCCAGGACCUCCCCUCAAACCCGCAGAGCGAGGCCUCCGCCACUUAAGAGGUCAGGCGGCCCGUGGGCUCCACGCAGGCAGCCAUCCUUGAGGGCACCAUUACAGCAUGCAGCAGUUCUUCACUGCGGGUAUGUAUCCGUUGUCUGUCCUCCAGGCAAACGCAUGAAUUUGUGUGUUGCACUCAAAGAGGAACGGGGGGAGGAACCCCCCCCCUGCGUGGAGGUGCCAUCAUCUCUAGCUGCGUCUCAGUCCAAAACUCCAUCUAAAGAGCCGGGAAUAAUCCCUCCGACUGGGGGGGGAAUGGGGCCGACCACCAUUCACUCCACACGUGCACAUAUUGCAGCUCCUCAUGGCAGUGCGGAAGCCCCUCCGAGACAGCUAGCUGCAGGCUUCGGGGCCAUGUGCCCAGGUAGGCCCAAAAGUGUUACGGCUCUAUCCUUCCGGUGCACCCAGCAUUGGUGCAGGUAUCAUUAGGAAGCUUCGGUAUUCCCACACCUUAAUCACUUAGAGGCAUGGGUGCAGAUUUGUUUAGUAAGCAUAAAAUUUGCCCUUGGCAGGGGCCCGAGCACUGAGCAACGGGAGAUGGCCGCUGCUCAGGUUAGUGGCCCGGCCCCACCCCUCUCUUGUUUGCAGCCUUUGCAAGCCGUCCCCUUCUUUCCCAGCCCAGACUUUCUGUGGCUGUCCAAUCACAGACUUCUCAAUGCAGCUCAAUAAAUCUUUGCAAGGCAGGUGCUCUGGGCAAUUGCUGCCUCUUGAGUUUAGUUUCACUAACCAGGAUGUAACAAGACUAGUUGUGUGACUGGUUGAACUAAACAAGCCAGUAAGUAACAAGACCGGUUGUCUGACUUAUAGCUGGAUGGGUGUAGCAAGGUUCAUUUAUAGCCAAUAUUUGUUGAAAUCUACACUUUUUGUAAAACAAAUAAUAGAUGACACAGGUUUAUUUAGAGUGUAGCUUUAAUACAUAUUAUAUGAUCUGGUCCGCCCAGCAAGGUAUUAUGUAACAUAUUUUUGAGAAUCUCAAUUUAACACUGAUGUUUUGAGUAAUACCAUAGAAACAGAAAAGAACAGGUAGAAUACCAGAGCAAGCAAAAUAUACUAUAUAU